AUGGACUUCUCGGGAAUCGAGAGACUGGACACUGCUACGCGCUCUAAAAUCCGCUCCACUCAAAUCCUUACAUCGCUGCCACAGAUAAUUUCGGAGCUCGUUCAGAAUUCUUUGGAUGCAGGAGCAAAGAGUAUUGAUGUUGGAGUGCACUGCGCUGAUUGGAUGUGCUGGGUAGGAGAUGAUGGGACAGGAAUUAGCAAGGAUGGAUUGUCGUUAAUUGCUCAAGGAAUGGAAGGGGGUCGUUACUCAUCUUCAAAGUCUUAUAAUCUGACUUCUCUUGAGCAUGUGAACACCUUUGGAUUUCGAGGCGAAGCUUUGGCCUCAGCCGCGGAUCUAUCCUGUAUUGAGAUAUCUUCAAGAACGUCGAGGUCAAAGGAAUGCUGGUCCGUAAUACUCAAGGGCGGCGAGAAGCUGUACGAGGGGCCGUCAUUGCGAUGGCGUAGAGAAAGAGCCGGGACAACGGUUUCGAUUCGAGACGUUUUCUUCAGUUUACCGAUUCGCAGACUAUCCCACCCAAGUCCCUCCAGGACAAUUGAGCUCGUCCGACGAGAACUAGAAACAUUUGCACUUGUAUUUCCUCACGUCUCAUUUACUCUGAAAGACGCAUCCAAAGAGUACUGCGGUACUAUUGAUAAAAGUCGCGUCUUGACUAUACCAAAGACCUCCUCGUCAAUGGCGACCUUCCGACAUCUUUUCGGCAGAGCGCUUGUUGAACAUGUAGAUACCAUAUAUGUCCAAUCCGGAUCAAUGAAGCUAGAGGGCUUCAUAAGCUUAGUUGGUUCUCCUUCUAAGUCGUACCAGUUUCUCUAUGUUAAUCGGCAUAUACUCGAUUCAUGCGAGCUACAUCGAAUAAUCGACAAAUGUUUUUCAUCAAGCACGUUUGGCAAGCAUGCUUAUGAUGAAUCUGGAGAACUCCCGUCGUUACGACCAGGUACUCGACGCUCACCUAGGAAAAGUGAACUCCGGCCGGUCUAUGUUCUCAAUCUUACGCUGCCAGCGCGAAAUGUUGACAACUGUCUGGAACCGUCAAAAACAGCUGUGCAAUUUCAGGACCAAAACGCCGUCAGGUCAUUUCUUGAACAAACCAUUCAGUCAUUUCUAUGCAAGCACGGAUUCAAAGCUACUCGAUCAAGCGAUUCCCGUGCCACCCACGUGAAUACUGCGAAUAAGCGAAAAAGGGUAGAUCCUGUCGAUGCUUCAGGUACAAAACUACUCGAACGGCCAGAAUCGACAGCAUCUUCGUCAUUGCAGAGACUGCAAUUGGAAGAACGAAGGGAAGACAUGUUUAUCCAAGGACCAUCUCUUCAGGAUGGAGACUGCGAGCUCAAGUGGGUCGACCCCUGCACCGGCAAAACCUUUCUAAUCGACCAACGUACUGGCAAUUCGUACAUGCAGGACCAUCAUGAAGAACGUGACGAAUCGGAAGCUUCAUUGCGGACAAAUCGACGUACGUUGGUCGAUACGCGUUGGCUGAAGAACGCUCAAGGCGAGUGUCAACAUGCAUGUGAGAGUGAGGAGAAUAUGCCAGACUGGAUUAAGGAGGCCUUACAGUCAAACGACAACAUUGCGGCGACUGAACGUUCUAUUCCGCGCAUAUCCUCAUUAAAGAACGUUGUGGAUCAAAGUGAUGUUGCUCAACGGAUACCUUGGUUGAAACAGUUCGACCAGACGUUUUCUACCACCUCUGGGAUACUGGCGGAACUCGGUGAAGCCUCAAUGUUCCCGUUUUCCAGGGAAUGCCUCGAAAAGUUGGAAGUUCUUGGGCAAGUGGACUUCAAAUUUAUCGCAUGUCUUAUAGACGAAGAGUCCCAUGCGCCUUCAUCCAGCGAUGCAGAGGGAAUACCCGGAACAUCUGAGCGAGGAUCAGACGUCCGGAUGCUUGUACUUGUUGAUCAGCAUGCUGCAGAUGAGCGCGUCCGCGUUGAACGAUAUCUCAAGUCACUAUGCCUUGGUUACUUAGAUCGCGAUCGUGAGGGUGUGGAGCGGCGUGCAUUGGAUCCACCUGUGCCCACCCUUCUCACCAAGUUCGAGCGGGACCGACUUUUGGAUUCGGAACGAAUAAAAAGAGCAUUCAGUGCUUGGGGUCUCGAUUUCGUUGAUGCGCCAACUGGUGAUCGAAUGUGUGAAGAGAAUGACAACGACGAAGGCUAUGGCUUGGUUCAUUGUAACAGCGUUCCAGAAGUAGUGGCCGACAAGUUGCUCGAUGGUUCCCAAGGCGAUCUUCGAGAACUCGUCAAGGGCUAUCUGGCUAGGCUCGAAGCCGAAGGCAUGGACGAGUCGCAGGGGCCGAGUCAAGCUGCAGCAGAUACGGAUGAAUUUUCUUGGCUAAAGGCACUUCGCCACUGUCCGCGGGAAUUGACCGAAUUGGUGAAUUCUCGGGCGUGUCGGGGAGCUAUCAUGUUCAAUGACCGACUUUCGGUGGAGCAAUGCAAGCGACUUCUUCGGCAGCUGUCAGAGACUGCGUUUCCCUUCCAGUGCGCCCAUGGACGACCAUCCGUAGUGGCACUCACGACUAUACGCGAUGACCGAGAUACUGGACGUUUGAAGAGAUCACAUCGGACCAUUGACUGGACAAACUUAGCUUAAUUCAUUUCAAUGGCACGACACGUAAUUUUACUCAUUCGUGUACAUCACUUUGGCUGUGUAAAUCGAGUAGAUGGACGUAGAAACGGGCUGA